AUGGACGGGCUGACGGACGAGCAGAGGCUCGCGUUCCAGGAGGCCUUCUCGCUCUUUGACAAGAACGGCGACGGAUGCAUCACCAUGGAAGAGCUGGCUGCAGUGACUCGCUCCCUUGGUCUCGAUCCGAGCGAUCAGGAGCUCAAUGACAUGAUGAGCGAGGUUGAUACGGAUGGCAAUGGGAUUAUAGAUUUCCAGGAGUUCUUAAGCCUCAUUGCCCGGAAGAUGAAGGAUGGCGAUGGCGAUGAAGAGCUCAAGGAAGCCUUUGAGGUCCUGGACAAAGACCAGAAUGGCUUUAUCUCCCCAGUUGAGCUGAGGACAGUGAUGACCAAUCUUGGGGAGAAGAUGACCGAUGAGGAGGUUGAGCAGAUGAUCAGGGAAGCAGACACCGAUGGUGACGGGCAGGUGAACUAUGAUGAGUUUGUUCUUAUGAUGAAGAAUGCUGAGCGGAAAAUAUCUGGGUGA